AUGAACGGGAGCGAGAAACGACGACGAGAAAAGACUAAAAUGAUACGCCUACACCAAGUAGGUGGUGAUCAGGAACAGCAACCGCCGGAUUUAACCACCGAGAACGGCAUCCAGGGUGAGAACACAGAAAUUCCCAGUCUACGGGAAAGCGCACCGAAACCCACCAUCAAGCCGCAAGAAUCAUCGACCAAAGCGAGCCCGGUGGAAGAUGUAGAGCAGGACAGUCAAAAUCAGCGCAGGACUUCGCACCGACUCUUGACCGUGAAUCGUAAUGAUCCCGGUAGCAGCACUUCUACCACAUCAUCUUCACCUCGGUCGAUAAAUGGCCAGGGUUCGGAUAAUAAUCGAGGAAGUGAACAAAGCGUAUCGACGACUGUUGAACCAUCCAGCACCAGCAUCAUUUGCAGUUUGCCGCUGAACCGUUUGGAGUCCAUACUGGGGAUGUUAAAUAUUAUACAAAAGAGCCCCAUGCACGCGCCUGACCCUGUCUCUACGGACGAAGCUUUGCGGCGCGUGCAAGAUCGUAGCAAUGUGGCGGUGUCCGCAGGUUCGGAUGACCGUGCCAACGAUGUAGUGCAUGAUAAUAGCAGUUUGGCGUAUAAGGUGUUAUGCUUGUAUUGUGAUCGAAGUUUUAGCAGCCAAAAAUUGAUGAUGAAACACACGGAUCGCAUUCAUCGGAUAGCGAAGGAACGACGAAGCAGUGCACGCGUACUGUCUACAGCACUGAACGGGACAGACAUUUCCUCAUGUUGUCAAUUUUGCCACAAAAGCAAGACACUCAACUUAAUGUCAGAAAAUUUGCUGGAAUUAUUCAAACAUUUGAUCUCCGUACACUCUGAUCGCUACUAUGCUUGCGAGCACUGUACCUUACGGUUUCCGACUGAUGAAGCACGAGAAACGCACAUGGAAGCGCUACAUCCGUCUACCAACAAUGGGCGCCCAAAGUCGAAAGCUGCCCUUAAAGCCUUUAGUCAUAGUCAAAGCAAUUGUACUCUUCACCACCACCUCCAUCACCAGCAACAACAGCCAGUCGUCAGCAUUGUGAACUGCAAAGCGCUUAAAACCGGUAUUGCUACGGAAGCAAAUGAGUCUUCUUCGUCGGCACAGGAGCCCAGCUCCAAAACGAUGGAUCGGCUUGGUCAUAGUAAUCGUGCCCACAGCAGCAAUACCAAGGGGGGCGAAUCGGCAACACAAAACGUAUGUUUGCGUUCUUCGCUACGCAAUGCAAACGCUGGAUCGGUAGCCGAUAAGGAGGUGGAAAGUGGCAAAUCAAACACUAAAGCCUUUAAAAAGUCGGAACGAUUACUGAGAAGAAAUUCAGAGCCCAUGCUAUUGUCACGGUUAGGUAUUACCCAGCACAGAUUACCUCGUCAGAGCCGUCGACUUUUGGCCGCUGCCUCAGCUAAUGUAAGCGCUUCAUUGUUAUCUUCCGAUACAUCUUUGUCAGCAUCGUCUGCAUCAUCUACUUCUUCAGUAAUAGGGCCGUGUCUGGGGAAAUUUUCAGCAAAGAAAAAGGGGCUCAUAUUGGCGAAUGACGAAGGACACUCGGUACAAAACUGCUACAACAAAAUCACUAAACUGAAAACAAUACGUUCUACGCUGAACACCAAUGCGACGACACCUACCGAUGGAACUGGUCUCGAAACGGUAGAUUCGAAUAAAUCAUCAGCAAAACCAUCCGAUGGUAGUUCAGCAAUCGGCAAUCCUGUAGUCACUAGCACCGGACCAAUCGGUGCGGACAGUCCGCCUGGAUUAAACAGUCGUGGAGCGAUGAGCAACAGUUCAAUUGCAGGUAAUAUUACUUGGAGCAACAGUACAAGCGGCGUAAGUGGCAACGCGAUUAGCACCAAUGCCGCUGUACUAGUAGCAGCCAAUAAUGGCGUUUUUGACGAAGAUUUCUACGAAACCGUGACACAAAAUGUGAAAAACAAUCUAAGCUGUCACUUGGACGGAAAGUUGGAAGCACAUGCUCCCGGUGCACCGAGCCCAAUGAGCCCGGUCGCUGUUGUACCAGCGGUGCGGUCCACUGUCGUCAAGAGUCCGGUGUCAACGGAAAGUAAAAUUCACGAGGCAACUAAUCUUCCGGCUAUCUCCGUAAUGUUCCCUACGCUAUUGACUGUUGAGCAGUAUGGCACGGAUCCGAAGCCGACCACGAGCAGCGGAACGUUAAGCUCCCUAUCGUCCACGUCGUUGGUGAAAACGAAGAAACCUGUAACGAAGAAUUCCUGGAAAUGGAAGUGGGACUUUGUGAAAAAAUACAAAUACGUAAAUGAAAACGGGCGAAUCGUGAAGAAAAUCAAGCAACCAACGAUCGGUUUACGCGAUCUCUCCAAACUAGACAUGUGGACACAAUUGACCAUGCGUACUAAGCAUGAGCUAUUUCAACAUCGACGUGGUGGGGGUAAUGAUCAACAGCGGAUGCUCGUACCACGCACGUCAUGUGCAAGUGCUUCUGCCAAGGGUGAGCCGAUACUAAUGGCGGAGGUUGGAGCUGCUUUGCGUAAUGAAAAACGAGCCAUGGUUGAGCAGUUGGAUCAUAUCCUAGAUGCACGAUUGUUACCGCAUAUAGAUUUAGAGCAGAAUGAUCAGCGUAUCAUAAAGAUAGAACCGGUCGAUCAAGAAGCUGCCAGAGAGAAGCCAAUUGGUUUAAGUGCAGAGCCUGUGGACGAUAAAGCCGUGAUUACCCUACCUCAGGUACAAAGUUCGUCCCUUGUACCGUGGUCAAAUCAUCAGUCGAGGUCCAGAAAUGUGGACUUUUUGCAAAGUCUCCAGCUCGUACAGCUUAACGACCACUAUCAAAAAACACCAGUCGUGUUAAGUGGCGAGUGGGCUCGGCCGAGAUGUUACAUUUGCUAUGGAUGUGGCGCAAAGUUUAAUUCCCUCAAGCAGGUUGAAGAGCAUCGAAUCUUCCGCCAUCCUCAUGUACACUCUACCUUCUACGAGAUUGUUGGACGCGAGCUAAUAGAGAAGCGAUUGUACAAGCACUUUUUCAUCCCUUUCGUCGCGCUGAUGAUGCACCGUUGGCAUUGUAUGCGGUUGAGCAAUCCGGAACGAAUAAUGAACAGUGCCAUACAGCGCAUUAAUCCUCAGCACACAACCGGAGCUUGCAGAAUCAAUGCUGUUGCCGAAAUUAAAAAUGAAGAUUCUUCGUCAAAUGAAGCUACCUCGUUAUCGACAUCAACCAGGGCCUCUUCUUCUUCGUCUCGACAUUCUACAAACACCACCGUGACUACCCUGAUGGACACUUGCUCGGACACCAUGAAUGUGCUUACGCAAUGUUCUAUGCUCGCAAUUGACGAUGACGAUGAUGGAAGCAGUUCCCGUUCCGUGAUAUGUAGCAAGUGCCAGAAGGAGUGCCAGAAUCAGAUGCUGCUGUAUGCGCACAUUCUUCACUGCUCCAAUGACUAUGUUUGGUUACAGGCCAAAAAGCGCAUGAAGUAUCGCCGUGCUAAACGAAGAAGAGGAGGCAAUCGGAACGGUGUUAGUUGUGCGCCCUCGAUGCUAACGAUACCGAGACUGGUUCAGCCGCCCCAAAACGUUUUGGAAAAAGUGGAAACGGGAGGAUAUCUUUCAUUAUACUCUUCCCCGGACGAAAAACAUGUCUUGAAUGGUGUUACCGUAUCAAAUUCCAGUACAAACAAUAUCAGCACCUGCAGCAAUACAAGCAGUAGUAGCAAUGAUAGUACUGGCAGUAGCGGCAGUAGCAGCAGCAACAGCAAUACCAGCAACGAUAGUUCGAAGGUGAAUGGAAACCAAAAGGCUCGCAAAUCACCUAAACCAAAGGAGAGCGAUAGUGAUAUCGUAAAAAAGCUGCUGGCAAAUCUUCCUGCAAAGCGCAACUCUCGCCAAACGAAUUUUCAAACAUCGAAACAAAUCACCAAACGAUCUAAAGUGGUGGGAAGAAAAUCCUUUUGCUCUGCAACAGUGACUGUCACAACCAAACAGAUAGGGCACGGGACAAAACUGGUUGGUGAAUCCGUCGUCGCACAACCUACUACACAGACCGCUACUGCUCCUGUUCAUAAUGGUAACAAUAUUGAUAGUAAUAAGAUUUUGUCCACCUCUUUAAUAUCUUCAACAAAACAGGAAAAAACCUCUCAUGGUACUGGUGGUAAAAAAUUGCGAUCAAGACAAAACAUGGCGUGUUCUCUUCCCUCUGUCACCAACGCUAUGAAUGUAACGUCUAACAAAACACUAAAAACAGUUUGCAAAAAAACCACCACCACCUUAGAGGAAAGUGUCAAUGAUGCUAAUUCUCAACCAAGUUCCAAAGAAUCUUUACACAUUUUAGAAAAAAGUUCAGAAACAAGGAAACAGGGUAAAAUUAACCGAGGAAAGCUAGGAGUAGGGACGGUCAAACAGAAACAAAUGGUAUUGUGGAAGAAGAGUAAACACCAGCUAUUGAGAGUAACCACGACCAACGGUCAUCACCGGAUGUUGCGUAGCAAUGGUAAGCGUUUGUUACACGCAUCGGUUUCCUCUCGCCGAACAUCCUUACCGUUGCGAUCAGUUCGUAAUCCAACGCGUGUUAAAAAUGUUUUGAAAAAUCGAAAAAUAUUAAGAACCGAAAAACAAAUACCUUCUGCAGUAACGACGGUACAGGCCGAAGCAGUUGAUAAAAAAGAAUCUACCAGCUGCGACAGAAAAGAUGACGCCAGUGACAGCACCGCAGAUAACGUUGAUAGUUGUGUAGAUUGUGAACCGGAUACUUCUGGCAAAAUUGAUUCAUUGUCGAAAGCCGCAACAUUUACGAAUGUUACACCACUCGAACCAUCUGUCAGAAAGAACGAAACCGAGGAGAGAAAUUCGACUAUAGUGUUAGAGCUAACUGUUGAUAACACAGAUCCAUUACUGCCUGCUGCUGAUAUAGAACCACCUGAAUCUUUAGCUUCCGAAUGCAGUGCAACCCAGCUAACACCAAACCAACCUAUUAGAAAGCAAUAUACGAAAGAUCCACCAGCAACACCGACAAAAUGUGAUCUUACCCCGGAAGAAAAUGUUGUGGCGUCAGAAUCAUUCUCUUCAUAUUCUACCAUCGUGGAGCAAAAUAAUUCUACCAGCUGUAGUCAGUGGGCAGGUGGCAGUAAACGGAGAAAAAAGAAGUUGAACGAUUGUAUAGCAAUGCUAACGGGUAAAUUGUCAGAACGGUUGGGAGUUGAUUUUUUCAACAAUGAAAAGAAUAAUGAAGAGAUUUCUCAAAACGAAUCUUCUGCUGCUAGCUCCAUGCCGGAAGCCGUAAAGUUUGCAGCAAACAACACAACUACUUCGAGCAGCUAUACCGUAUCUUCUGACGAAAGCUCACUUUUCAUGAAGCAUGCAGAACUGGUCGAAUUCAAUUCUCAACAACUCCCGAAUCAUGCUUCGUGCCCAGUUGCUUCUACCACUAAUCCGAAACUAUCAUCAGCCACAGUAUCUGAACCAACCGACGUACUGCCAGUAUCAGCAGCUGCCGCCUGGUCGAAUAAUUAUUGCCAUGCGUUGCCUGCUUUGCCACCACAACCAGCUCCUGUACGCCUUAAAACUGUCUGUAACAUUCGACCAGCGUCGCCUAACCUGGUAACCACCCCACUAACAUACGAACGGUUAGCGACACAUGCUGUGGCAUCGGCAAGCAAACAAAUUAUGGACGAACCUUUAAAUUUGUCCAAAAACUGUCUCACUGGAUCUGGCGUGAUAAGAAAUGCCAAAGUGCAACGAAAAACGGAUGAUGCUUCCAGCUCAAUGUUUAAAACAACUCGCUCACAACCACAAGAAUCCUUGGUUUCGUCGAAUCCUUCCGCGCAACCACUGCACACUCAUAAUUUAAAAGCUGAAAUUCCUAUCGCACAUUUUAACCAGCCCCUGGGAACGUCACCGCACCUUAAUCAACAGAAAGUACGUCACAUAAAAUGCUCGUCACCUAUGGUGCCAGAAUCCGGCUGCACUGUUACGCCGAAAGUAGGAGGAGGCAAUUUCUCAUCGUUAAAGCUUCCUCCAGGGUUAAUAAUCGAACGUGUGGAAUAUAAACAAUCUCGUCCAUCCAUCACAAAAGAAGUGCCGUCAGUUACAAUCGUUGCACGUCAGCGCCAACUACCGGCCCCAGAGGUAAUACCUUCCGUAGCUGAAAGUAGUGCAACAGAUUUGACAAUGGAAAAACCGGCAUCGAUAACGCACAGCUCAAAUUUGACGCCCUUUCCUAACAGCGCGUCUACUUUCAUAAAACCCAUACCGAACAGCACUUCCGGUGUUAUGGUGCAUCAUGGUCGACAAGACAUGACAAAUCAUACCAAGAUAAUUGGAUACGGUGGAUAUCCCGAGACAAACGUUCUUUCUCGCCGUUGUGAACCAACUACCGAUAAUUUGUCACCAAUGUGUUUUCCUCCAACUUUAAGAUCUGGCCCUUGUCCGGAAAAUCGGAUAUCCGUAACCAUUACCGAAUCUAGUUCUAUUGGCCAUGAUCGCGCGCAGGAUUUGCAAAAUCCGUCGACUUGCGUUGAUCUGUCAGCAACAUCUCACAAGGAUAAAGUCGUUACAUCAUACUGUACACCAUCGCCAUUGGAUUCAACACCAAUAAGAGCUUCACAGCGAAUGGCAUCUACGACCGUCCCUUCCUCUUUGCUUAAAGCGUCCAUCGGUCCUGCUGGACAUGUGCCCGGGUCUUCCGUAAAAACACCACCCCCAAUGACAACACUAAUUAUUCCUCAAGUCCCUAUGCCACCGUUGGUAAACCAGACCGUGCAUGCCCUGAAACGUGCAAGACGCAAAAGUGUAUUUGUACCGUUACCGGUACCAACCGACGAAUCGAACCGUGAUGUAAUGGCUAAACCAUUGAUACAACAACACCCAAUCAUUCCCACGAUUGGUUCAGUACCAUCGUCACUAGCCGGCACUGCUGCGAGCAUAACCGGCGCUAAUCUACUGGCCUCUAUGUCGCUCUCGUUUAUUGCACCGAGUUUACUACCGGUACCGGGAACAUCAAUGUUAAGUCCAAUUGAUAUGCAGCGCCUUGCCGCUGUUAGGCUUCCGGCGCAUCUGCAACCUCCUGUAAUUCCACCUUUAAAAAUACCAGAUCCAGCAACUUCCGCUAGUUUGCUAGAGAAAAUGUUUCAUCCCACGCCUAGCGAUGUAUUAUCAACCGGGCUCGAGUUGAAACCAGACGCUCAGAGUAAGCAACCCAAACAACCAUCGGUACCACAAUUGACUGCAAUACGAUCAAAUAUGAACUCCAAACCUGCUGAAGAAAAUUCACACUUCAUUUCAUCUAAAUCAUUGGCAAGCGUGAAUGGGUUCAUCACACAACCAGAACAUCAAAUCAAAACAAGCAUGCCAGCAACUACAAGAACGGAAGGCACAAGAACAUCUGACACAAAAAUUUCAAAACAAAACAAUAAUUCGUCUGGCGCGGCUUGUAAAGGAAGUGGCCGUAUAAUGAAACGUAGAGCAUCCGUGGCGGACUUGCAACGAAAAGCGUUGAUGGAACAAAUUUGGAAUCAGUCAAUUAUAGACAAAAUGAUGAACGAAAAAGACACGAGAAUUGUCAGUGGUUUAGAUGAAGCAAAGAAAACAGUCGACACCAGUGCUCCGACAGCGGAGAGUGUGUUAGAAAAAAAAAGUAAUGUAGAAAACUUGGAUCAACGAAUCGCACAUCUAGGAGAACAAAUAACAACUAUUGCAGAAAAAUCGCACAUAAUACAUCCAUCCACACCUAGCUGUGCACCAACUACGAACAAAACUGAACGACAAAAUAAAAACAAGUGUCCAAUUGAAAUAGACUCGAUAACGACAAAUUUAAUUAAAAUACCGGACAGCAUUGCACCCCAAUCUGUAACACUACGCCAGCAUGCUGAUGAUAUGCGGCAACAUAAUACUGUUAUUGUUCCACUUAACAACGUACAGGAAGUAAAAGAAAGGAUGCAAGUUGCACAGCAAGAAUGUAAUGUACAACCUCAGACCAGACCGGAGGAGAUCGUCCCACAGGUGCUUACUUUGGAAAAGUUUAAAGACUCUAACACAACAUUCGAACAUGAACAACAUACGUCAGAAACUAUCAAGGAAGCGGUUCCACCUGCACCUUUAUCAACGAUAAAUGGUGUUGACGCUGUUCCAACCAUUGAUAAAGUGGAUGCAGCCUCGGAGGAUGGUUCGGCUGAUACAGCUGAUUGCCGGAUAAGCAACGACCAGCAAAAGCAGGUAUCGAAAAAGAUUGUUCGUAAAAGGAGAAAAAACGAACUAGCUUCCAUCUUGUCAGACCAAUUGCUGGAAAGCUUUAAGGAAGUAGACAAGUCGAGAUUGGAUGAUUUAAAGCUGCUGCAUGAUUUAACAUGCGAGACGCCCGAUGUAAAAUUCACUCUGGAACAAAUCCCACAGUUGGCCAAGCGCAAGUCUAACCCACGAAUGCCAGAGUUAUUGAUGCAAGAUUCACCCAAGCUAAUAGUGUCGGUAACUACAUCAAGCAAAAAAGUUAACAAUACUAAAAAACUGACUAAAGACAAAGAUUCGGUAUCACAACCUACAACAGUGAAAGAACCAAAAACUAAAUCAGCAAGCGACACGCUCGACUGUAGCGAACAGCCAACAACAUCCAAGCUCCAUAGUAAGAUUAAAAGUUUCCCGCUACCGGACGAAAAGAAACAAUCGGUUGCAAAUUCUUCUUUUGACUCAAAAGAAAAAUGUACUGAUAAACCCCACGCUGAUGGGCAAGAAAAUAUCGAAAAGAUGGAUAAUUCGAUGCAACCAAGCUUGGUGGUUUCGCAAAAAGCAACUCGAACAAAAACACUUACCUCUAUAACUGGAGAACAAAAAUCUCACAAUACUCCAAAGAAAACAUCGACGAGACUAAUAAAUUCCGAAUCGGAUGUAGCUGCUGCCCAUGACGAAACUGAUGAUAUAACCAUCCAAGAUCGUAAAACUGUAUUACGAAAACGGGUUGCAACACCGGCUACAGAAGAGCAACAAGCUGGUGAGAAAAACAAUUCUAAGGAAAAAAUCGUUGCAGCUGAUAGUAACACUCGACCUACCGAAUCAGUUGCUGCCAAAAGUGCAGAAUCAGCAGCUGGAGCCAACGUCAAGUCCAUGGCAAAUCUUCCUAAACGGAUCAUGGCUCGUCGGAAAUCAGUUUUUGUGGAUUGUGAUUUAGCUCAAUAUGUUGAAAAGGAAGAGAACAAGCUGAAAAAAGAGGCAGCCAGCGUAUCGUUCAAAGAUGAUUUUAUGUUGACAUCUAGGCGAGGUACACGAAGCCAGGCACAGUUGGGUUUAGACUUGGCAGAAAACUUCCCGGAAGCGGCUAUGAAGCCUCGCGAUCCUCGUAGACGAAUUCUAUUGAAGCGUCGUGAAGAAGAGCUUAAUGCUAGAGAAAACAAAAUACAACAAGCCAAGAGCAGUGGCACUCCACUUUUUGUCGAAAAACAAACGAUUGGCGGCGGAGCAGAAAAACAAGUAGAAUUGGUCGAAUCACACUACGUAGAUAAUCAAGAAAAGAAGGCAUUAUCAAAACAGCCUAAUGAUGAUGUAAUAGUAGAUACAAAGUCCAAAAAUGAUGAAAAAGAAAAAGUUUUAUGUACUGCAGAAAUUCUGGAACAUGCACCGUUGCGAAGAAUCAGUGCUAGAAGAGCUUCUGUAUGCGUACGUCCCUUGCCAAAUUCCAAAACGGUUAAAGAAAAAUUAAACACCAUAGCUUCAGCGUCCGAUGCAUUGCCAUUGCCCGAAGAUGAACGUCUGCGUGACAUCGGAAAUGAAGUGAAGCGAAUUUAUAAGCGCAGAGCUUCAAUUUAUCAACCAUCUCCUGAAUUGCACACAUCUGAUGCGUGUACCGAUAGAAACCAGAGCAACCGUAAAGAACGUCAAACGUUAAAUUCGAUAAUUGGAGAAGAGAAUGCGGUCCUCGGAAGGAAAAAAGAAACAAUGUCUCAAAAAUCACCCAUUCGCCGUUCCAAAACACCUGGUCCUAGUGAUUGGAAGCGUCGCAAUCAGCUACCAUUAAAUGGGACCUCAGAACCACUGAUUGAGUCCUUACUGCUUCAUGCAACUGACUCCGAAUCCAAUGCUCCAAAGCGAAGAACGACCAAAAAUAGCCAGAUAGCGGAAACAGUUUCAAAGUUAUUCAACAUUCAGGAGGAAAUUAUGCUAAUAGACAGUUCGAGACGUAAACCAAGAAAAACUAAUACCACAGCCGUAUCGACAGAGAAAGCUUCAAUUCGGGAAACACCUCAACAAACAUUAGACAAGACAAACAGCGCUUCAUUAGAGAAAGCAAACGACAAGUGCAAAACGUUAUCGGGGUGCGAUUUGCCAAAGAUUAGUGAUGAACCUAUUGAGAAAAAAUCACUACCACAGUUGCCACGAAAAUCCUUUUCAUUUUCCAACGAUGAAGAUGAAUCACCGAAAGCGAUAAAGAAAUUGGUGGAAAACAUAAUCAACAACACGACAAACUCAUCGAACGCUUCUACGGAUUAUUCUGAUGAUGAUAACAUGUCACUGGCUUGUUUUGCGGCUCGUCGUAACAUGCCUAUAACACAUUCGCAACAAUCGGUAGGCAUGUUUGCAAAACCUCCAUCAAACAUCCCGGCACGUGCUAUGUCAGUAAUUGGUGACGAUGAAAGUACUACCAACACCGAUGCCUUAGAUGAUGAUAUGAUGAGUGUUACUACCGAAAUACCAACAUCAACAAACGCGACCCGAAGGGUGAGGCGAAAACGUCGUAAGACGAGGCGUCAGAAUAGCAAAAUUAAACGUCAACAAGCAAAAACGCAGGAAGAAAAUAACAAACCGGUGCAAUCGUUCAACUGUAAUCUUUGCCGUAAGAUGUUCAAAAAGCAGGAUGCAUACAACAAGCAUCGGAUGACGCUCUCGCAUAUAGCCAAGCUAUCGGAACAGGAAUACCUGGAUGCGCAAAAAAAUCAAGCAAGGCGACAGGAUGAUGCAUUGCGAUUGACUGACGAGAAAACGGAGCUUCUCCCUAAAACGGUCCAACAACGACAGGAUAAUCAAAUUGCGGAAAACCCCAUGGAAUUAGACGUACCCGCGGUUAUUGCGACUACUCCUGAUAGUGUUUUGUCCAGGUCACUGGCAAUGACGGACAAGAGCAAAAAUCACGAUGAUCAAGCGGUAAAGGAACUCAGCCAAGAAGAGAAACUUUUCUUCGAAUGCUGUUCGAUGCUGAAGGAAUCUAAUUCUAGCGAAAAUGAUAAGUUGAAGCGUGUCACCGUAUCCUUAAAAUCAAGCGAAUUGAUAAGUGCAAUAGACCUUGCCAAUCCAUGUGCAAUACUUACAAACGAGGGAAACAAUGUGCCCGCUCCUGUAACUGCCGUUCAUUUGCCGUUAAUUGAACAGAACCAGAUACUUCCAGUGAGCACAACAUGCUGUGCAAAAGAAUCGUUUGAAACGGCACCGGUCACAGUUAUCCAACAGGAAGACGCAACUUUUCAGCAAAAUCAUGGUGCGCUGGGAGAGGACGCAAAUUUCAUGGUACACCGGUAUGUCUUGGCAAAGGAUGCAGGAAGCGUAUCACCUCACAACUCGAUAAAGUCAUCAUCGGCUAUGUCGGCUGCUACUGGCAAGAGUAGUACCAGCAGCAGUAGUAGUAGCAGUACCAGCAGCAGUAGUAGUGCCAGCAGCAGGAGUAGUACUGAUUCCAAUAGUAUCAACAAGAGCAAUGCCAAUAACGCAAAAAUUAAAACGAAAGGAGCUCUAAAAGGAUACGAUAACUUCAAAGUUUCCAUUCCAAUGACCGGUCUGACUGUGAUGUCAACUAAUACAGCAAGUACGGGUAUUGGCGCAGGCAAAGAGUCGCGUCUGGACACACUUGCUGAUGUUGCUUUGUGUGGUGAUAUUCCCAAAGAGUUCGGCAUAGCGGUUCAAUGCGAUGACAUAAGUGCUACUACUACUCUAGAGGGAGGGGAUGAGGGUGUUCAUGCUCCUUCGGAAUCAUUUGCUAGUUUUCCUGUGGUUGACACUGAUAUGUUCCUUGAUGCUAAGGUGCAUGUACCUUCGUUAACAUCGACCGAAAAAAAUGAAUUUGUGGGGGUGAAAAGUAACUCUACAAUAUCACGCAAUUGCGAAGAAAACAGUUCAAAAUCCAUGAUAUCGAAUAGAACAGGAAGUGGGAAGAAUCGCGACAGUUCGUCAAAAUCACAAACCAAACAAUCCAAUCGAUGGACAACAGGCCCGUAUCGAAGAAAAAUGGAUAAAAACAAUCCUACUCUUAAUGCAGAAACAACGGCAACGGUACAAUGUGACCAUACGUUUUUGUACGAGGGAGAUGAUGUUUAUGCUUUCCAAGAUUCACCGUGUGACGGUGAUCUACCUUCGACGUAUUCUUCAAAAAAGAAUAGUAAUAUAAUGCAGCAUCAAAGUCUGACAAAGCAUGAUGAAAAGGCUCAGCAACACACUAAACACAAUUUGACUACACUGCAGACGGCCACUCCGGAGGAGCACGAGGAUAGUCAAAUGUCAAGCUUGAGCUUUUCUGAUCGGGAUGAUUUUGUGUACGGUACCAAUACAAUGAGUGAAGAGGAGGAAGAAGAAGAGGAUAAGAAUAGUAGCAUUAGCAGUGAACAGACUACACCGAAAAAGCUAACAAAUGCGGAUGUACAGAAGAAAAGUUUGAUCAUGGGUCGUAUCUUCAAAAAAGGUGGAGCCAAAGACAAACUUAUAGGUGAUGCGGGAUUGCGCAAGUGCCCAACGAUUUCUCCUGAAGCAAAUAUUGCACCCGAGCUUCCACACAAGAUGGCCGGAGCUUCUGGAACAGUUGCAAAACCGUUGGCUACUGCUAAAUCAGCUGUGAAAGACUUCGAUAAGCUGUUCGAUACGCUCAAAAAUGACGCUACUGUGCUGACAAACGAAAUGCAAAGCACCAUUGAACCAGAAUACGACACUCGUCCGACGGGUUCUUGUGACGAAGAAAUGCAUGGGCCACUGGGUGUUGAGAGCAAAGUUGUCCAACGUCAAGCAAAUAAUUCCGAUCAUCCUGGUCAUCUUGAACAAAGUGAACACGUAGCAAACGUUACGGGAACAGAGCGAUUGCGUCGACGAAGAACUGGACAGCAGAAGAUUCUAACGGAGACGUGGGAUUCGGACGAAUUUGAAGACUUUCAAACUGAUGAUAUUAUGAAGCUGAUAGACAGAACUGAGGAUGAAGAGGCAAAUGAUCACACACAGACUAAGAAAAGGAAUCUAUUGCAUAGCACACCUGAGGAAAAAGUAAAAUUAGCUAGUUUGGAGAACAAAAUUCCCGAUCACACGAAACAGUCAUUAUCGCUCGAUGAAAGCUCCACGAAUGAGAAAGAACAUCCAAAGCCAGAACAUGUUGGACUAAAAAGAAGCGGCACAUAUUCACUGGUCGAUAAGAAGCCGUCGUCAAAAUCCGACGUAACAGUUACGGAUGACACUAUUCGAAAGGUGAUGGAAAGCGUCAUAUUAGAAACAAUGGGUAAAAACUGCAAUACCAGCAAGCGUAAGCCAACUGCUUAUUCUUUGGGCUUGGAUAAUAGGGAGGCAGCAACAGCCUCCAACAGUAAGACGCUUCGGCAUUCGUCUAACAGUGACGGUGGUAUAAACAGUUCCUUGGUAACAAAUGUUUCUACCGAAGACGUUUCACUAGCACUAGAGUUGACAUCAUUAGAAGAGCACACACUAGAAUCGAGUGUAGUCAUAUCUUCAAAAACAAUAACAAGCAAGUUCAAGCAAAAGCUUAAUUCAUCUAUGCGCGAUAAUCUGACGGUCACUGAAGGUACGAAGCAAGAAAGCAAAGAAAAAGAGAGCACCUUUUCGCGACCAAAGUUGAGCACAGUUGCACACAUCACUACGGCCCUGCCAGAAACAAACCAUACUGGCUCGAAUGUAACAUCCAUUGCAGCUCAUAGUAAAAACAACAACAAUAACAACAAAACCAACAAUAAUAAUAAUAACAACAAUACUGUCCAUAGCAAAUCAUUGGCAAAAUCAUCGAAAGCAGUAACAGGAACCAGGAAUAGAGGAAAACCAAAAUGUACGGAAGAGGACUGGACCGGUAAAACAACAGCCGUAACGAGCAGCAAACAGCGAAAAGUGGCACCAAGGAAAAUGAAAAACAUUGCUUACGACCCGGAUAGUGACUAUGAGCAGAGCAUCAAAUGUAAGAAAGUUAAGCGCAAAUUGUUGGAAAAUGACAUCGAAGCCAAUUUGAAGAUCGAACAGCUUCAGUCGACACUGCUGAAUGCAGAGGACAGUAGCAUACUGUUAACGACCUCACGACGUAAGCGUAAUGCAGGAGAUAUGUUGUACUAUUGGUCAUCGAGCAGUGACGAAGAAGAAAUAGAUAAGGAAGAAAAAUCGAACCCCAAAAAUAACGGUCGUCAUCGUCAUGGUAAGCCUGCAAACAAUAAUAAUGCCCCUCUAGGAAAGAAACGCGGCCGCAAGCGGAAACAAUCUGGAAGCCAGAAAACAGUGGAGCCCACAGUCGACGGUGCCAAUAUUCCAGAAGAUACUGACUUGAAGGAUGAACCACAGGUAAAGGAUGUGUCAGUACUUCAACCAAUUGCCGGUACGAUGGAAACGACAAGUCCUAUGAAAAAGCUAAGAACAAGCACUAUUACAAUUGAUAAAAAGUCAGCACUAACGCCCAGAAAGAAGCAACUUGAUGCUGAAAAAUCGUUACAGAUGCAAACAUUACCUGUUCAAACAGAGGAAGCAACAUGCGGCACCAGUAGUGAACACCUACAGCAGCAUGGCUGGAUAAUGGGUGAUUCACACAAGAAGCUCGUAACGAUGCUAGCUCAUGCUAAAGGAAAAAAUGACAGUCGAAAACAGACAACCAACCGAAAGAAGUAG